GGUUUUGAAAAGAAAGGAAUAAGAAUAAUAAAGAAAACGGGUAAAGGACCCUAACAAUGAACACCAAUGGUUUUGUCGCUGUUUUAUAUAUAAUAAAACUAUUCAACUCAGAACAUUAUUUGAAAUAUUUUAUUAGUUUCAAUCAAAUUUUCUGAACUGGUGGAAUUCAACAUAUCCACACGAUAAUCAACAAGAGUUUUACAGUAACAUAACCAACAUUUAUGAUAACAAGUUUAUUGACCGUCCAUUUUCAUUUGCUAUUCGUUUAAAUAAUAUUCAUGAUCUUCGUUUAAAACUUCCAGUUACUGAUGAACGUUGGUCUAUAAUUUCAAACUUAAAUAAACUGAAAUUCCUUAGCAUAUCAUUCUAUACUGAUAUUUAUCAAUCUCAAUUGCAAACAUUACUCGAUCGUGCACCAAAUCUUUGUCAUCUACAUAUUACACGAGAUGUAAUAUCACCUUUGAGAAUGUCAUUAUUUGAACAUACGAAUCCAUCAAUUCGUCGACUGACUAUACUAUAUCAUUGGUUUGAUGAGGAAGAAUGUAUUACAUUGACUCAUUCACCACUGGGCACUCCAUGUGAAGAACUUUCUAUUCAAGUAAAAAACCGUCAAAUUAUUAUUAUUCUUCUUGAAAAACAUGACUAA